UUGCGUACGGAGCUACCGGAAGUGGUCCGUCUAGGAAUUACUUCCUCCAUAUAGCCAAUCAUUUUUUUUUGAAACUCUGAUACAGCUUCUUGCCGAACAUCCAACGACAACGAGUCUGUUAAGUGUUGCAAAAACAGGGUGGUUGUUGUUCCUAAAACAACGUUUGUUGACGGCUGGCGCGACCUCAAUACCGCCAAACUAACAUCAUCAGGAUGGCGGAGGCGCCAGGUACUUCUAACGAGACCAUAACGGAGACCAUUCAAGUAGAAACGCCCCAGCAGGAGGGACGUAGCCUGACCAUCAAGCUGAGGAAGAGAAAGACUGACAAGAAGGUGGAGUGGUCCAGCGACACAGUGGACAACGAGCAUAUGGGAAGGAGGUCCUCCAAGUGUUGCUGUGUCUACGAGAAACCCAAACAGUUCGGAGAGUCCUCCUCUGAAAGCGAGGGAGAUGACGAAGGCUGUGGAAGUGCACACUGCAUUCUAGGACAUGGGAAAGACAGGCAUGGACACAGUGGAGGGGGUGGGGGGAACUGUGGAGGAUCACAUGCCCAUUAAGAGUGGAGACUGGGGGUUAUGACACAUACUGCUACACACAGUCUCAUUUAGUUCAGUCACUGCAGUACUGGGAGGAAAAAUGAUAGAUAAAGAUUAGAAGAGAGAGAGAACAAAGGAAAGAAGACAACCUAUACACAACCUGUUUGAUAAGAAAACGGGGUGCUGUUGAGAGUUCAUUGUAUAUAUUACAAUCAUUUUUCUUUUUAUAAAGAGUACUUUUCCUUAUUUGUCUAAAUACUUGAUUUUACUUAUGUUGCAGUAUCUUAGCCUGUGUGCCAGACAGUCUGUUCCUGCUUCUUAAACAAGGAUUUGGAAAGAUGAUGAUGUAACUUAGUAAAGAGCUGAAAUAGUCUGGUACCCAGACUACUACUAGGGAGCGACUUCCAAACAACAGCCUAUCCGGGGCUCUCCAACCCUGUUCCUGGGGAGCUACCAUCCUGUAGGUUUUGUAGCUGGGUGAUAAGCUGAAUCAGGUUAGUUACAACUGGGGUUGGAGUGAACCUACAGGAGGGUAGCUCUCCAGGAACAGGGUGGGAGAGCCCUGCCCUUUUCCCUAUAUAGGGCCCUGGUCGAAAGUAUUGCACUUCAAAGGGAAGAGGCUGCCAUUUGGGUCGUAACCUCUUUUAUCUCUACUUCAAAGUAAUGAGUACUCCAUGAAUACUUAAACAGCAAACAGUCUUAUUUUAUGAACACAAUGUUGUACAGACAAACAGUAGUCUAUCGGUAACAUUAAAGAAGUUUAGGGGAGUAUUUAGGACACUGUUUUAAGGAAAAGCUAGUCUUGUUUUUUUCUUAUUUUCAUGUAACAUUGCUGACAUUACCUUUUAGUUGAGGAGUGCAGUGAAAAUGUGUUGAUGAACGAUCCUCUCCCUGCCCUUUACAACCCUCAAGUGUUGAGUACAUUAGUCUCAGCACUUCAAAUAAGAAUAGAAUUGUUGGCAGAUUGCCUUCAAUUCUGAGAUGUUGUAAAGAUAUGUCCUUUUGUAUUGAUGAGGUUGAGGUGAGAGAAUGUCAACAUACCAAUAAUUAGACAAAACUUAAAAACCAUGCAUAUGCAACAAAUUAUAUACACCGAGCUACAAAAGUAUUGGGACAGUGACACAUUUUUGUUGUUUUGGCUCUACUCCAGCACUCUAGAAUUUGAAAUGACACAAUGACUAUGAGUUGAAAGUGCGGACUUCCGGCUUUAAUUAGAAAGUGUUUUCUGUUUAGAAAUUACAAAACUUUUUGUACAUAGUCCUGCCAUUUUAGGGGACCAACCGUAUUGGGAUUCACUUAAGUGUAUUAAAGUAGUACAAAGUUAAGUAUUUGGUCCCAUAUUCAUAGCACGCAAUGACUACAUCAAGCUUGUGACUACAAAUUUGGUGGAUUCAUAUGCUGUUUGGUUGUUUCAGAUUAUUUUGUGCCCAAUAGAAAUGAAUGGUAAAUAAUGGUAUUGUCAUUUUGGAGUCAAAUAAUAUAUGUUUCUGAACACUUCUACAUUAAUGUGGAUGCUACCAUAAUUAUGGAUAAUCCUGGAUGAAUCGUGAAUAAUAAUACGUGAGAAAGUUAUAUCCCCCGUUAUGAUAUAAAAUGCUAACCUCCUCUGUUAUUGUAAUAGUGAGAGGUUAGCAUGUCCUGGGGUUAUGAUAUAAAAUGCUAACCUCCCCUGUUAUUGUAAUAGUGAGUGGUUAGCAUGUCUUGGGGUUAUGACAUUUGUGCGUCUGUAACCCUCAAAUUAAAGCUGACAGUCUGCACUUUAACCUCAUAGUCUAUGCAUCAUUUUACAUCCCAAGUGCUGGAGUACAGAGCCAAAACAACAGUUGUGUCACUGUCCCAAUACUGUUGUAGUUCACUGUAUAUCCUUUAAUUCAUUAUCCCCUCUGAGAAUGAAUGCACCAGGGCAACAUUGGCAGUAACUUCAGCUACAUGCUGGUUGGUUACGAAGGGGGAAAAAAUUGUCAUUUUAAAUCAGUCUUAUAUUUGCAUCAUACUUAUUGCACUGUGAUCUGCUGUGAUCGGCAUAGAAGAUCAUUUUUGUUUCAAUGAGAGGAGAUAUAUGCCAUUUAUUUAGUGCUGCUGUGUACUUUCCGUACUACACUGAACAUAAAGUAGGACAAAAUGUAGUAUAACGCAGUACAGAUCAUGCAGUUGAACUGAAGACAUGGGAGAAAGAGAGUUUCUGAAGGGAUAGGGAGAAGGUGCAUGAUGAAUUACUGGCCCAGGCUGUGUUCACGAGUGUCUCAACUGACCAAAUGUCACUGGCCAUUUCCCAAUUGUAUUCUCCUCGUCUCCUUCUCAAAACCCAAUUGGAGGAGACGGUUAGAAGGGGCGGGACCUCUGGCUUUCUCAUCCAAUGGAUUUUGAGAAGGAGAGAGGGCGUGAAGGAGUAUGCAAUUGAGAAAAGGCCAGUGUCUAGGGCUUCAUCCUCUAUGGUUUCAAACACCAUUAUGCUACUUAAACUGUACUUGAUCUGUGACAACAUACACUAUGUAUAAUGGACUACAUCCAGUUUCACCAUACGUCACCAUUUUCUAUUACGGAUACACACAUACAAUGUUCCUGUACUGGUAAAGCACCUUUCUGUACAUAAAAUACAUCAUAUGAGAUCAGAUUUAAUGUGAAUAAAAGAUUAAAUCACUUUG